GCCUUCCCCUGCAAAACAAAAGGGAGCGGAGCGGCGGCUGGCAAGGAGGGACAGAAAGACAGACAGACAGACGCACGGACGCUUAUGCCCGCCCCGCUCUGCGCGACUCGCCGGUGAGUCGUGCCCUCCCCAUCCCGCGCCGCCGCCAUGUCCCGCCGCAGCCAGCGCCUGGUCACCACACGCUAUUACCCCGGGGACGAUGAUGCCGCCACCAGCAGCAGCAGCAGCUCCCUCCUGGGGGGCCAGCAGCUCCCUUUCAAGGAGAGCAGCGGCAGGACCAUCAGGAGGAAAUCGAGCAGCACGAAGCGUCUGUCUCCUGCCCCCAGCACUCAAACCUCCUACUACAGCGAGUCUGUGAUGAGCGAGUCUUACCUGGGGGGCCCCCGGGGCCUCGCCGCCCUGGGCAGUUCCAUGCUGGAUGAUGCCCUGGACAGCAGCACGUACUGGGGUGGGGAGUUCUCUACCAGGAGGAGAAGAGGCACAGGGGACACCGAGUCCAGUAAGAUCAACGGGCUGCUGGAGAGCAAGACCUAUGACACCUACGCCUCUUCGUCUGGGUACUCCUCGGAAGAUGACUAUGCUGGUCACUUUUACUCGGGCCAGAGUAGCUCUGGGUCAGGGCUGAGGACUGCAGCCUCCCGGGUGGGCUCCUUCCUCUGGCAGGUGUUCACCUCCCCGGUUCGGUUCCUGGGGUGGCUGUUCUCGGGGCUGGCAGCUGCCUGGCACCGCCUCACUGGCGCAACUCCUCACCUGGGCAGAGUCCCCCUCUCCAGGCGUUACCCGCGGCUCAAGAGGUCCCUGCUGCUCCUCCUGCUCCUCCUGCUCCUCGCUGCUGCUGCCUAUGGAGCUUGGUACUUCUACCCAUACGGGCUGUCACCACUCAGCCUCCCUGCGUUCCCGUGGUGGGGAGCUGGAAAACUUUCCUCCUCUGGUGUGCCUGGGGCAGGGGACCUCACUGUGCUGGACAAGGGGCUGCAGGGGGAGCAGCGGCUCCUGGCUCGCUUCCAGGCCCUGGAGAAGCGCUUCGAGGCGCUGGAGGCCGAGGUGUCGCGGUGGGAGCUGCGCCAGGGAGCGGCGGCGGCGGGGGGCGAGCUGCCCCCGGGGGACAUCCUGCCGCUGCUGGAAGGGCUGGUGAGCCGCCGCGACACGGGCCUGAGGGAGCGCCUCCGCACCGAAUUCGCCAGCCACCUCCAGGGUGAGCUGGCUGCCCUCCGAGCCCAGGUACAGAGCGACUUGGAUGGGCGCCUGGGGAAGAUGGCGCAAGCCUCUCAGGAGAUGGAGGCACGCUUGCUGGAGCUGAUGUCCAAGGCGCAGAGCUCGGCACAGGAGGACUUGCGAGGGAGCUUCCGGCAGGAGGUGGGCAAGCUGGAGCAGGAGGUGGCCUCGCUGAGGAGGGAGCUGGCAGGCCUCAAGUCGGACCAGGAGGUGAUGGGGAAGCACGUGGAGGGGAUGCUGGAGCAGCUGAAGGCGGUGCGGGCUGACGUGGAAGCUCAGUUCCCAGCGUGGAUCAGCCAGUUCCUGUCACAACCCCGGCGGGAUGGGGCCGCUGGCCUCAUCCUCCAGCGGGAAGACUUGCAAGCUGAGCUCCAGGCUCUGGAGCGCAAGAUCCUGGCCAAAAUCUCAGAGGACCGGAGGCUGGCGGCACGGGACGGAGUGGCCCUGCGGCAAGGAGGGACCGCGGGGGUGACGGAGGAGCAAGUGCAUCUCAUCGUGGGCCAGGCCCUGAAGCGCUACAGCGAGGACCGCGUGGGGAUGGUCGACUAUGCCCUGGAGUCAGCAGGGGCCAGCGUCAUCAACACCCGCUGCUCUGAGACCUACGAGACACGGACGGCGCUGCUGAGCUUGUUUGGGAUCCCCCUGUGGUACCACUCACAGUCCCCUCGUGUCAUCCUGCAGCCAGAUGUCAACCCUGGGAACUGCUGGGCCUUCCGUGGGUCCCAGGGCUUUGCCGUCAUCCGCCUCUCCAGCAUCAUCCGCCCUACAGCCGUGACGCUGGAGCACAUCCCAAAAGCCCUCUCGCCCCAGGGCACCAUCCCCAGCGCCCCCAAGGACUUCGCUGUCUAUGGCUUGAAGGAGGAGAGAGAGGAGGAGGGCCUUCUCCUCGGGCAGUUCACCUACAACCACGACGGUGACCCCAUCCAAACGUUUUACUUAGAGGGUGACGCUGUGGGCACGUACCAGCUGGUGGAGCUGCGGGUGCUGAGCAACUGGGGCCACCCCGAGUACACGUGCAUCUACCGCUUCCGCGUGCACGGGGAGCUGGCGCACUGAGCCCCGGCUCCGCGCGGCACGAGGACGCGCCCAAGCCGGCUGGUUCGCCGCUUCGCACACACGCAGGAGCCCUGAGCUGCGCCAGCGGCCGCCCCGCGGAGCUGCUCCCCUCGCCGGGUGGGAAGAGGAGACUGAGCUGGUGUGGGAGGGGUGAGGCUUUCCCUCUUCCAGCAAGUGGGGUGCAGGGGGAGAGGGUGAGAGCAUCCCCUGUGGGUGCUAGGGCAGCCUGGCUUGUUUUCACUGCGCAUCAGACACUUUAUAACUUCUGAAGCUAAUGUUUUUUUAUCGGGUCUGCGCAGCCCUUCAUCCUCUCUUUCUGAGGGCACGUCUAGCCUUGGGGGGCUUGGGAAGCAGGGGUUGGAGUUUUUGCCAUGUGCUUCACGCGGGCUUGGGCGCGAUACGGUGUGUGGGACCGCGGUGGCCACCGGCUCGCUGGCACGGGAGUCAGUAGGAGUCACUGGUCAUGGCCACCGAGUCUUUUCCCCCUUUUCCACAUGGGGUCCUUUCUCCUGCCUUAGCGUAGGUUUAGAUCUCCAGACCUGCCAGCAGAGGAGAAAGAAGACAGUAUUACUGAAGUAUUAACAUAAAGCUAACGGUUUGUGGGCAGCGGGAGGGGCGGAACGGGGCACGUGUUGGUGGCAGAGCCUGCCCCGCUGCUGUUUGCCCGCCGGAGCCCUCCUGCUGCUGGCGGCUGCACUGAGUCUGGGUGAUGUGGGCAGCUCCCCAGUAUUAAGCUUGACAAUGCUGUUGAAAACUGUU